CGGAUAGCGCUAACCUUCACUUCUUCAAGUUUGGAAACUUUGCCCGUUGCAUCUGCGACAUCAAUCGUGUUCUCACCUGUAGGAUUCAUCGUCUUUAUUACACCGCGCGCUCGAUCGGCCGGUCCAUGGGUACUACGUCGCUUUUUCUCCAUCAUGUCCUCAUUACGCACCUUUUGGCGGCAUGCGCAUACAAAAUCCGGGGCCAUCAGUACCGGGACGCGUAAUCGAUCUGGGGCACUUCGUACAUUUCAGACGACAACAUCAAGGUCGAACACACGCGCAGCUGCAGGCCCCUUUUUCGGCAGGCGUCUAGGCGCAUGGGCGCUUGCAUCCGUCGUCGCAGGCGGAUAUACUUUUUACGGACAGACAGCGUUACAAUGCGACGCUGCAAGGCCCUUAUCACGCGAUCGCAAGGCUUUAAUCUCGUAUGGUGAGGUGCAGAAGCAUGCCACGGAGGACGACUGUUGGGUGGUCAUCAAUGGGCUGGUCUACAACAUGACUGAGUUUUUGGAAGCGCAUCCAGGAGGUCGAUCGGCCAUAUUGCAACAAGCGGGUAAAGAUGCGAGCGUCAAGUUCACGCUCUUGCAUCCGCCUGAUGCGAUUGGGACAUUGCCUCCAGAAUACUGCCUCGGACCAAUUGAUCCCGAUACACUCCCAGCACCGGAGGAGCAAGAACUCAUGGAUGAUGAGAAAUUGCGGCAAGAGGCACGGGAAGAAAUGCCUCCAGAAGGGCGCAUGCUCCUCGUCCAAGAUUUUGAAUACUGGGCGGAACGAGUGCUCAGCGCCACAGCUUGGGCAUAUUAUCGGAGUGCGUCUGAUGAGGAGGCUACGUUCUUGGACAAUCGCUAUGCCUGGCGAAGAUACUUCUUCCGCCCGAGGAUUCUGCGAGAUACGUCGCAUGGCUCGACUGCAACGACAAUCCUAGGGAUGCCAACAUCGAUGCCCAUCUUCAUCGCGCCUGCGGCAAUGGCCAAAUUGGGACAUCCGCUCGGAGAAGUGAAUAUCACCAAAGCGGCCGGACGAUCUGGUGUCGUUCAGGCAAUAUCUGCAAAUGCGAGCUGCGGUCUGGAGGAAAUGUUCAACGCGAGAUUGGAAGGGCAACCGCUUAUCUUCCAGCUAUACCUCAAUAAAGACCGGUCUGAAUCCUCGGCACUGGUCGAGCGCGUAACAAAGCUCGGUGCAAGCGCUAUCAUAUUGACUGUAGACGUCUGCUGGCAGUCGAAGCGAACGCUCGAUGUGAGAGAAAAGCUGAGGGAAGCGAGCGAUACCCCGGCGCCGCAGUCAAUCACGACGCCGACGGCUGACGCGAAGAAAGCGAGUGUCUCGGAGCAAAUUAGUGGUUACCAAGCCACGGAUUUGACAUGGGAUGACAUCGCUUUUGUGAGAAAGCAUACGCAUCUACCGAUCAUAAUCAAAGGCGUACAAUCCGUCGAGGAUGUCGAGUUGUGUGUUCAGCACGGCGCGCAGGGUGUCAUUCUUUCUAAUCACGGCGGGCGUCAGGCUGACUACGCUCCGGCGCCCAUUGACAUACUGUACGAACUUCGCGAACUGCGUCCCGAGCUUUUCUCCCAGAUCGAGGUCAUGGUUGAUGGCGGUGUACGCAGCGGCGCCGAUGUCGUGAAGGCACUUGCUCUGGGUGCAAGGGCUGUUGGCAUUGGCCGGCCAGUGUUAUACGCCAACGGCACACAUGGCGAGGAUGGCGUCGCGAGAUUGUUGAAAAUCUUCCAAGAAGAGAUCACCAACACAAUGCGAAACAUAGGCGCCAAUACAGUACAGGAUCUGAAGCCCGAAAUGGUCGGCCCUGUCGGACCUUGGGUGGGAAGAAACCGCCCGUCGUACGCACCGAAAAUAGAGCGAACACAUUGACAGAUAUCAGGUCGUAGGUAGCCUCCGUCGUAACUUCAUCAUAGUCUUAAUGAGAUGGUAACAGUCUCUCUUACUCUCGGGUGGAGAAAUUCUAUAGACCCACUCCAAUGCGGUGUCCGAAAAGAAAAGAGACGAUCUUGAAAGCCGCUUCACCGUUGGUCU